GUCACCAAACACAAGCAGAGACGUGUUUACAAAAUGUGUGGAUAAACACUGAAUUUCAUGAUUUCAUUGUAGCCAUAGAAAAAACCCUUUUAUCAAUUUAACAUUUUGUUCCUUAACAUAACACAUUCACAAACUCCAAGCAUGCAAUCCAUGGCUGUAACAACCACAACAUGGAAGCUUGCACUGUUCUUGACUCUUAUCUCAGUUUCAUUAUCAGGUACUCUUUCAUAUGAUAUUGUACCAUGCAAACGCAUAGAGUGUCCUAACUAUGAUGUCAUAGAAGCUGGAAAUGGCUAUGAAAUCAGACUUUAUAAUUCGUCUGUUUGGAUUUCCAAUUCUCCUAUUCAAGACAUUUCUCUUGUCGAAGCUACUAGAACUGGUUUUUUGAGGCUAUUUGAUUAUAUUCAGGGUAAGAACAACUACCAGCAAAAAAUUGAGAUGACAGCACCUGUUCUCUCUGAAGUCUUACCAAGUGAUGGACCAUUUUGUGAGUCUUCAUUUGUUGUCAGCUUCUAUGUACCAAAAGUGAACCAAGCAAAUCCACCUCCUGCAAAGGGUCUUCAUGUUCAAAGAUGGAAAACUGUGUAUGCAGCCGUUAAACAGUUUGGUGGAUUUGUCAAAGAUACAAACAUUGGUGAGGAAGCUGCAGCGUUGAAGGACAGUAUUGCCGGUACUAAAUGGUCUUCUGCUAUUGAACAAAGCCGUAGAGCUGGUCAUGCUUCGGUUUACUCUGUGGCUCAGUACAAUGCCCCUUUUGAAUACGAUAAUAGGGUGAAUGAGAUAUGGUUCUUGUUUGAUUUGGAAAAUGGUUUGCAUUCUAUGUGAAAUGUACCAGACAAGAAACCAUUCACCAAUUCCAAAUAGUAUGUAUGUUUUCAAUGUGAAAGCAAUAUGUCUAGUGCAGACUGAUGUGUUACUUAAGACAUCUUGUUGAAUUGAUAAAUAAAGUGCAGGCUGAAGUGUUUGGCAAUGCUUUCAGCUUGACUUUUUGGUUCAUGUAAUGUUAAAACUUUUUUAGUUGGUUACACUUGCAAAAUAAAAUCGUUAGGAAUUGAGACGGCUGGU